CACUGCAAACUGUAUUGUGCUAAACAGCACCUCGAAGGGCCUAAAAACACAUAAAUUUAAAAGAUGAAUGGAAAGCUGAUGCUGGGUGUCAUCCGAGCCCUUCGGGUGAGCCACUGCAGCCAGUUUAGAGCUCCCACCGCCGGGGUCACAGUGCGGCAUUACGCCGCUCCACCCAAGCGGUUCUACAAGAAGACGUCCGUGCUGAGCGGCGAUGGCGGCUACGAGGUGGUGCUGGACCACCGGAAACUGAAGACGCCCAAGGGGACGCCCUUUGUGGUGCGCAGCGAACCACUCGCCAUUGCGGUGGCCACGGAGUUCGACGCCCAAAAGGAGCACAUCGAGCGCUCCCGCAUGCACCUGUCCGCCCUCUGCUUCACGGCCAUCGACAAUCCGAACCACCUCAGCAAGCUGGACAUGGUCAACUACCUGCUCAACUUCAUGGCCACCGACACGGUGCUCUUCCAGUACGACGACGAGACGGACCUUCAGGACCUGCAGGUCAACGAGUGGGACCCGGUUAUCGCCUGGUUCAACCAGCGCUUCCAGACGAACCUGCAGAAGACCAUGAACAUCACGCCACCACAGGUCAGCGAGGAGGACAAGAUGAGGGUCGCCAAGCACUUUCAGUCCUACAGCCUGGAAACUCUGCAUGGCUUCAUCUUCGCAGUGGACACCUUGAAGUCGAUAAUCCUGGCCUGCGCCGUCAUCGAGCAGAUGCUGACCGUGGAGAAGGCGGUGACCCUGGCCCGCCUGGAGGAGGAGUACCAACUCAAGUUCUGGGGUCGCGUGGAGUGGGCCCAUGAUCUCAGCCAGCAGGAGCUGCAAUCUCGCUUGGCGGCGGCAGUGCUCUUCGUCCACCUCAACUGUUCAGAAAACUUUGUUAAGCAAAAGUCAAUUCUUUAAAUUACAAGGAUAAUUGUUAAAAAUAGAAAUGAUGUUUUUAGAAAUGCCA